AUGUUCCCAUUUCACAAACGGAAAACCCAACUGUUGGACGAAACUUCAUUGGAAACAGUGGAUAUUUUGUCUCUUGUUUUUCAAUUUCUCGAGCUGAAAGAAUUAUUCGCUCUCCAAAAAGUAUCACCCUUCUUCUACCGAACCAUUGAACAUUUGAAAUCCUUACUGAUCCGACCAAUAUAUGAAGUUGGUUUAGUUUCGUCCGAUAAGAAACAAUUAUCGGAAUUUCUUCAACUUACUUUAAAAUCAGAAUUAAUUAGUUCAGCCACAAAGGAAAACCCACAAAAAGUUUCAAGUACUAGAUACACUUAUUAUUCUACAACCGAAAUCGACAUGACAGAUAAAAAUGAUGGCAAUCAGCUCAAAAGUGUGAAAUUUGGAGAGCAUCAUAUGAUUCAUGCUUUUAACAAGGUUGAAAAGGAGUUUGUCUUUAAGAAUGAUAGAUUUAGAGUAUUCUUUUAUCCAUUGUAUUGUGAAAAGAGUACGAGUUUAUCACAUGAUGAUUAUCAACGACUGGAUGGGUUCAUAUUUUUGAAUCCAAACAGCAAAGAUGGAUAUUCAACAAUGCCGAAUGGAUGUAGUUUUUGUGCAACACUCUUGGAUUAUAAUAAUUCUUCAGUUGCCAAUGAAACAGUACUAAUGCCAGUAAGAAAUUUCGGAUCUUUUAAAGUUGAGAAAGUGAGUGAAAGAUAUUCGAUAGAACAAUCAAUUCUCGACUGUAUUAAUUACAUUUCAGAGAACUCAAAUCGAUCAAUUCAAUUGAACUCAAUAGGAGAUGGCUUAAAAUCAUGUUUAUUAGAAAAAAUUUCAUUAAUCAUUAAGGAACCCAAUGAUGAAAUGGUUGCCACUAAAAUAUCAGAUCUAUUCAAGAACAAAUACACACUCAAAGAGCUGAUACUCUCAGAGAAAGUGAGAUACAUGACCAGAAAAUUGAAUUUCUUCAAUUAUCCACACAAUGUCCAAUUCAGUCUUUUGAAAAGACUUUACACAGCUCAUUUGGGAAAUGAAAAUGUUAAAUUCAAAGAUGAUCUCUAUGCCAUUCAGGUUAUUUUCAAUCAGCAAUUCAAUUCUAGAAAAAGGGAUUCAUACGAUGACCAUUUGGUGGAAAUGAAAACUACGCUCUCAUUCAAUUUAGUAUCUCAGGAAAUUAAGUUCGAAUACAAGAAUAUUACAAGAGCAAGUACUAUUGGCAUUAGUAAUAAAAAGUGCAUCAUUUGUUAG